GCUUGGCGCAACCUUUCUCCUAAUCUGCUUGCAUCAGGUCCCACUGGACUUACGACUGGUCUCAACUUACUUGGGCCAAAUGCUAAUGGACGUUGGGAUUCUCGUUACGCCGGUACAAACUCUGGCUGGAGUUCCACUUCACAAUUGUUGUGUCAUCUGAAUUUGAUGCUUGGAGGUCCCCUUGGCUCUAUCGCCCUAACUAGCCUUCAACGUCUUCCUGGCUGUAGGGGGCGACACUUGGUUGACCACGAAGGCCUCACAUGCAUAAUUUGUCUUCUUAUUGUCAGCUCAGCCCAUUCUACCUAUCGUAAAAAUAUCAUUCCAAUAUUAAAAAAAGUGCUUCGUAACCUUUCUUGCCAUCCGGCCACUCGGAAUUGGCUCAUCUGCACUCUUCUCUGGUUGUUAAAAAACAUUUCAAAUAAUGGCCUCGAUGGCCAAUCUAAAUCCAUCACCGAUGAUAGUCGCGGAACAGUUUUUCCUCAUCUACCUCAUACUGAUCGGCCUUUAAAUAACAACUCCAUCUUCCUUUCUGGUUUUGAAGCUGUGCUCGGUUUCUGGGUGCGAAUUUUUCAUCCUGUUUGUGUCUCUGACGAUAAUAAGUCCGACAAAACGAGUUCUCUUACCUACAUCAUUCAUCCUCGUGCCUCUCCAAUGGCAUCUUGGGUCCUCUUGGACACUUUGGGUGACCUAACACGUGCGUGCCCGGCAAAUUUCUAUCCUAUUUAUAUGCCAUAUGUCUCAAAAACUAUCAAUGAUUCUCAGGAUGAACCGAUGCCUAUGAUUUUCGAAGAGUCAGGAGCUCUUUGUUCCGAUUCCCCUGCAACUGACCGUAAGCACAACAGCAAUUGUUUAUGCAAAAUUGAACGAUUUUAG